AUGAAGAUGUCAACAACUUCCUUCAUGUUUCUGUUUGAAAUCUUAGCUGUGACGUUUCUCCCCGUUUGCUUUGGAUUCCAGUCGAAUGAUGCUCCAAGGCCAACAAGAAAACUCUCUCCUUGUUCUUCACCUUUCAGGAGUGGUGGUGACACCGCGACUACGACUACGACUACGACUACGACUACGAGGACAUCAUUGCACAGCAGUCUCGAUGAGAUGUUCAACAAGAACGAGGAUCUCCUGUUGGUUCGCCAGACACUUGAAGAGAAGUAUUCAGGUUUUGGCAAACUCUUGAAUCUGAAUGAUUCUGUUUGGAAAUCGAUCGGAGCAGGCUACGUCAAUGGGUUCACUCUAUUUGUGCCCACCAAUGAGGCUUUGGAGUCCCUCGAUGCGACCAAGCAAACCCAAUUGUACGACGAACGCAAUCUGGAAACCACGCAGAAAAUAGCAUCCUUUCAUGUGAUCAAUGAAUUGGUAACUGCUGAAGAUCUCUUCCAUGCCGGUGGCGUCAUCACAUUGGGAGGCGAAGUUCCAGUGGAUCGUUCCACAAAAGGUGGGAUGUUCGGAAUGGGAGGAAAAGAAGAUGGUGGAGUCUUGGUGAACCAAGUGAAGGUCGUUCAUUCGUUCCCGUUGGGUUCGGGCAUCGUCCACGAAGUCGAUGGUCUAGUCUCACCCAAUAUUCUGUGGAGGUAUAUGGAUCAAUUGCGGAUUCCAGGAUCCAAGUAG